AUGGCGACGAGUAGCUCCGACGGCUCCUGCACCGCGCCCGCGGACUUCCAGCUCUCGUCCGAGCUCGAGGACGCGUCGAGUCGCCUGAGCAUGAACCUGCUCAAGUGCCCGUUGUGCCAUAACAGCCGUCGGAUUUUUUAUUGCCGCCAGUGCGUCCAGAAUGGGGAUUUUAUACAUUCGAACACCGUCUACUCCGAACGGUUCGCGGAUAAGCAGAUGCGGCUGGUACGGCUGAAGGCUGCUAGAGCCCAGCUGGAGGAGAAGUGCAUGAAGGCUCUCGAGAGGCAUAAGCAAAGGGAUAAACUGAUUUGUGAUAUAAAUACGUGUAAAGAAAGAGUCAGACUACUUCAGUCUUUAGUAAAUGAAACAAAGCAAAGUAUCUUUAGAGGCCAGCAACGUUUGGAUGUUUUGAAAGAUGUUAAUCAUCAGUUGGGCUUUCGAGUGCCACGGCACGAGGACAGAAUAGAGAAAUUACAUCGUUAUGUUAAUGGCUUGAAAGUAAAGCAGGAGAAACAGAAGGAAGCUGUGGACAGGAAAAGGGAGCAAUUAAAGAAAGUUAUCAGAACUGCCGCCAAGCAGUUGAUUCAGUAUAUUUUUCCCUUAUCUAAGGUCCAACCAAAUAGAAGUUUGUGCAACAGCGAGGACAGCGACAGUGCCACUUCGGAUAUCCUUACUAGCGCAUUAGCAGAUGCUUCAGGUACGUCAUAUGUACGGGGUAGGUGGAUUAGCGAGAAAGAAAGUUCUUUGGAAAUUCAUCAUUGUAUAGUUGAACCAACGUUACCAGCGACAGGAGACUACAGCGCUUAUUCUCUUUGGGUUGCAGCAAAUAAAGAUGGAGUACCAGGUACGAACAAAGAAAAUGCGAUGCACAAUCCAGCGUAUAAUAUCAGUGCUGCUUUGACGUACGCUACACAAUUGGUUAACGUUCUUGCCUAUUAUAUUAAUGUAAGACUACCAUACAAAAUUACUUGCGGAGAGUUUUGCGGAAAUGAGUUGUCGGACCAAAAAUUCGCUAGAAAAGUAGCAAGGCUAAAUAGUAAUGUAUUACAUUUGUGUCUUACGCAAAAUACGAAAAUAGAAGUUUUACAUCCCAUGCAUACAUUACAAAACCUGAUGCAUUUGCUCAAUACUGAAAUUAGUGAUCUCGGAAGAAUUGGACCAAUGGAAGUUGAUCCGUCUGUAAUAGCACAACUUCACAAUCAAUUAGUUCCUGAUUUGGAAAAUAGCGAUGAUUCAGCUUCCGAUGAAGAAGACCUGUGUUGGGGAUGGGAGGCUGUAAGUCAUACUUCUGUACCAAGUAUCGCUUGUCCCGAAAUGGCAGUACCUACUUCUGGUGCGAUGAUUAGUCAGCAAUCUUCUAGUAUGCAAGUGCAUCAGAGCGUCGCUGGUGGCUUGGUAACAAGUGCGGCAGCCAGUAUCGCUUCGAUUUGGCGAGGUUGGACUAAUAAAUAACUUUUUCCUUUUGACCAAUAAGUUUCUUUCGAUAUAGAUAUAUUCACUGUAUAUUUCAAAUUCUUCAAAUCAAAGGACAGAAACUCCGAAGAAGUGCUUCGAAGUGAAAAUGAUAUUUAUAUUAUUAUAAUAUUUGUAUAUCAUAGGGGAAAACGGACGUGAUUUGAAAUCAACAUGUAAAUAUGACUUUCUUAACUUACACGUGACAUUCAAAGUAGUUCAAAUACGCUGUGACAGAUUCCGUUAGAUCUGAUAUCUAACUUAGCUCGAAUCUAAAGUAACUAGAGAAGGAUUAAUAAACUGGCUGUUUAAUAAAUUUACGGACAUUUUAUAUUUCAAUUGCACCACACGAAAAUAUUAGAUUGUGAUAUAUUAAAAUGUAUACUAAUGGUCUACAAAACAAGAUGUAUGUUAAUUAGCACAGAGAUGUAUACCGAUAUAUAGAAUUUGUUAUGGUAGAACAUAUAAAUAUGCAAUGACUGCCUUUUCUAUGCUCAUCGCUCAUGCGAUCAUAUAUCCCUACAAGUAAGAUAUCCUUCCCUCUAUUAAAUAUGUCAUUAAAUAAUCAUUAAUAUAUUUUAUAUUGCCGGACUCAUUUGAUGCAGAAUUAGUAUUAGAAUCUGUAUAAAAGUCUUUGUGAACACAUAUCUUAAGAUUGUAACUAAUUUUUUGCUAUUUUUUGGUUGGCGACAAGAAUCUUCGAUUGCAAUAACAUAAUGCAUUUGUUGCUAAAUAAUAUUGAAUAAAUCAGUGUAUUUAUUCGAUAUGCUAAAAUAAGUGCUGAAAUAUUUUGGUCAAUUUUUGGUUGUGAAGAAUACGUACAUUACAUUAUUUAUUAUAUGUGAGAGACUAUUGUGUACAUUGUAUAUUUUUUACCAUAGAGUAUAAAAAUAAGAUUUGUUAGACAUUUUAUACUUAAUAGUAUAAGGGAAAAGUAUUGUAAAGUACAUUACGUUAACUGAUUUGAUUAUAUUAAGUAUAUUAAGACGAGAGCAUAUUGAUAAAAAUAGUAUUGUGGUCAUUGUAGAAUAUAUGAUCAUCCAUAAGAAAUUAGUAAACAGUUCUAUAAAAUAGAUAGUUAACAAUAUGGUUUUCAAAUUUUAAUAUUUAGUCCAGUCAAUCUACAGUAAUCCUAUUUUAUUUUUGUACAGUGCAUUGAACUUCAUAUUUUUUAGAAAUAGUAACUUAUUCCUGGUCAUCCGAUGUCUUGAAGACCAGGGUGAAGAUAGUUAAUAAUUUGUUGACAAUUGUGAAGUCAACGUAAAUGUAGACAUAAUAUAUUUCAUAAUUUAUGAUGAAAAUGCUUUUUGUGAAACAUUUAUCAUCAGACAUUAAAAUUUCUUAUAAACCGAAUAUUUUUUUUAGACGCUAUAAGAAUAAAAACACGAGAAAAGAUGUGGGUAGACAAAUAGAUACUUAUUCAUUACAAUGCUGCAUAAUUUUCUUAUGCACAUAUCCAAUUUUCUGAAUAAUGUUACAGCGUUUUAUAAACAUAUGACAGAGAGGAAAAAAUUUUCACAAAUUACAAUAUUGAAAUGUUAUCAAACAUAAAUCUACAUAUAAUUUAGCACAAUUGUAUAUCUUAUUUAAUAACAUAUAUACAUAUAUAUAUAUAUGUAUGUAUGUAUAUAUGUUUAUGUGUGUGUGUGUUGGUGUAUGUGUGUGUGUGUAUGUGUGUAAUUAUUUUGACAUGGUUGCUGUUUGUAGUAUUAAAACAGGCGUUACCAGUAUAUAUUUUAAAUUAGAUAAUAUUUAAGUUGGAGUAGAUAAUGGCAAAUUUGAAUUAUACAAAGCGCAACAAUUUAAAUCACAUUUUUGGAAAUGUACAAUAAAAUGUAUGAAAUAGCGUAAGUAUUUCAUAUGUAUGUGGGCGUGUGUGGAUGGGCGAAUAUACAGUUUUUAUCUUACCGUAAAAUGGCUAUGUUUUAUCUGAACAAAGAUGCAUUGUGAUACCUCGAAUAAACUAGGAUCUGUUUUUUUAUUGUUAUUGCUGUAUAUUUAAGUAAUAUCAAUAAGAAAAAUCGCAUACUUUUUAAAUAUAUCAAUAACGGUAUGCCCAUACCAUUUUAGAUCUUUUGUAUCAUCUUCAAUAUUUUGGAAUAAACAUAUAAAAAUAA